CCCCCGGGUGAGGUGAGGUCUUCAGUGUGAAUCGGCAGUGGGCCGAGGUGAGGCCGUUUCCCUUACGCGCGCGUUCCCAUCCACCACGCUUCUCGGGCAAAAGGAUGAUAACUGGCUGACGAGCCCUCGUCGAGUGUCCGUUAUGGAAUUGGUUUAAAAUCGGGCAGCCGUCGAAGCUUGAUCAAAUCUCAUACAUCUUGCAAUCAUCCAUCUACAGCCUGACUUGAAGAAUGAAUUAAAGUCGAUUUCAACUAGUGAAUGUAUCCCUUGCAGUUCCCUUUUUAUAUUCUCUUAAAAAUCUUGCAAUAAAGUCAGUUUUAAUUCUCAGUGGACUAAAACUAACUCUUAAAAGAAUGGAGUUUAUGCAGUCAAAUUUCUUCAUAAGAGAUAUGAGCAAGUGCCUGUGUCUGCUUUAUAGACUUAUGACAGAUAUAUAGAACUAAGCUCAUUCAGAAAAUGGAGUUGCUGAUUAUCAAUAGAAUGGAAUAAUUAACAUAAGAAAAAAGGUUGAAAAAGUACGAGCAUGGCCGAUCAAAUGAGUGUUAUGGCACUCUUCGUCCUCACUGCUACCUCGGUAGCGUAUCUGCAAACAGAAACGAAAGACUUCGACUUUACGAAAGAUAAAGGUGUGAUGGACAUCAGUGAACACUUCUGGCUCGAGGAGGAUUGGUCUCCUUACAUAUACAAGCGCUCGGCUUUGUUGAAAAGGCUCCAGAAAAGAUCUCAAGGAGAUCUGUUUGACAGCCACGAUGAUGGAGACUUGAGCGAUUCUGUGGCCAAUUUGAUGCAACCGGUUGUACCUGAAAAUACUUUAAUUUUGCACACAAACUACAAAGAUGAUAUGCACUAUGCUUACGAAGACGUUUUAGAAGACGAUGAAAUUCUGCCGAGGGGAAAUACGAGUGAAGAUGGCGAGCAGGAUUCGCCAUUUGAGAUCGCAGAAAAUGACGACUACAUCGGCUUUGAUGGAGACUGGGGGAGGACAGAGUCCUUCGAUCAUUAUCCUUAUUUUUCGAACAAAACCCACACGAUGCUGGCACCUUACGAAACGUGCGAAGGGAAAUCGAACAAAGUACAACACAAAAUGAGAGACUACGAAAAUGAUUACGUCAUCGACGUGGCAGUGAUUGUGCCAUGCAAUGCCUCUCACCAGUACUCGAUGGUAAAGGUCCUCCCUGUGGUGGAGCUCGCAGUUCGCCACGUGAGGGAGACGGGACUUCGAGGACCCCUGGCUAAUUACACCAUUAAGGUCAGGUACAAGGAUUCGAAGAGCUCGUCGACCGAUGGCCCUUUGGCAGCUGUUGACCUCUACUUCAAAAAACAGGCAGAUGUCUUUCUGGGUCCCGUGGAUGAUUAUGUGUUGGCUCCUGUAGCCAGAUUUUCGGGAAGGUGGAAUAUACCUGUCCUGACUCCAGGAGGACGACCGACAGCUUUCGAUAUUAGAAAGGACUAUCCGCUACUCACCAGGCUAAAAGGAUUUCAUACUGAGGUUGGAAAGCUGUUCUCCUCUGUGGUAAAGCAAUGGGACUGGAAAAUCCUUGGCAUCAUCUACGAAGAAAAUGCCCCAGAUGCUGGGCAUUCUGUCUGCCACUUUACACUGUCGUCCAUCUACAAGAGUUUUGCUGUGAAACACAAACCUCUCGUCGAACAGUUCAACAAAAACACGACGGAUUUCGUCGAGAUUCUGAGCAAGUUCCAGAACGCGGCGCGGAUUCUGGUAGUGUGUGGCUCUCCAGAUAACGUGAGAAGACUCAUGCUGGCUGCUUCCGAACUCGGCAUGGCGGAAACGGGAGACUACGCCUUCUUCAACGUAGAGCUGUUUACUGGAACAUCAGCAAAUUACAAGCCUUGGUAUAAUGCUUCCGACACGGAUGAGGUUAACGAGAUUGCUAAGAAUGCCUUCGCGGCUGUAUUAACAGUCACGGCAAGGUCACCUUCAGGACCUCAGUACCAGGAUUUCUCAUUGCAAGUGAAACGCAUAGUAGAGGAGGAGUUCGGCUACGCCUACGAAGAAGACAUGGUCAACUCUUACGUAGCCGGAUUCUUCGAGGGCGUCUUGGUGUACUUCGCGGCCCUCAACGCCACUCUGCGGGAUGGUGGAUCCGUCAGGGACGGCAGAGACAUCGUCAGGCAUAUGUGGAACAAGACCUUUGAUGCCCAGGUUGUCCCUCCCUGGUUCACUGGAAACAUCACCAUCGACGCCAGAGGUGACCGGAAAGCCGAUUAUUCCCUCCUGGACAUGGAUCCAGCCACAGGAAUAUUUAAGUCUGUGGCAACCUAUUACGGAGAGAGCGAAAGCCUGGAAUUCACUGGGAAUAUAUCUUGGCCCGGGGGUCGACCACCGAGAGACCAACCCAUCUGCGGGUUCGACGGGUCCCUCUGCCCCACUGGAACCGGACCAUGGAGUAUAGUUGCCGGUUUAUUAGCAUCGCUCCUUGUUCUCAUGGGUAUCGUUAGUGGGUUCAUCUACAGGCACUACAAACUGGAAGCGGAUUUAGCGUCCAUGACUUGGAGAGUUUCCUGGGACGAUGUUGAGAUCAUCGACCAGACCAAAAGAGGAAAGUUCGGGUCUAAAAUCUCCAUUGGUAAAAUCAGUUUAAUUAGCAACGUGUCAGUGGAUUCUCUCGUAGGCAACAAACAGGUCUUCAUUCGAACUGGCAAAUAUAGGGGCGUAACCGUUGCCAUCAAGAAAGUGUCCAAAAAUAGAGUGGAUCUCGGCCGUCCUAUGCUGAUACAGCUAAAGAGGCUGAAGGACCUCCAGUACGACCACCUGGUGCGUUUCAUAGGAGUGUGUUUGGACCCUAAUCCCUACUGCGCCAUCUUCACCGAGUAUUGUCCGAGGGGAUCUCUCCAGGAUAUUCUGGAAAACGACGACGUCCAGCUGGACUCCAUGUUUAAAAUGUCCUUAAUGCACGACAUCAUAAAGGGAAUGGCCUUCUUGCACUCGAGUGAAAUACGCACCCACGGGAAUCUGAAGUCGAGCAACUGCGUUGUGGACUCGAGGUUUGUUCUCAAAAUCACUGAUUUUGGCCUCCACGGGCUGGACGACAGAGAAAGGAGUUACAGCUCGGACUCAUACGCUUACUGGAGACGGAAGCUAUGGACGGCGCCAGAGAUCUUAAGAAGCAUAAAUCCUCCUCCCGAAGGGACGCAGAAGGCCGAUGUGUACGCUUUUGCCAUCAUCGUUCACGAGGUUCUCUACAGAAGAGGUCCCUUCUAUGUCAGUACAGACGACUUCUCGCCAAGUCAAAUCAUCGAAAAUGUGAAAAACGGGGGCUUCCCAGCCUUCAGGCCUUCUACCGAAGACGAGGCUGAAGAGGAAGAGGUCAUCCAGCUGAUGAAGAGGUGCUGGGCGGAGGAGCCGACAGAGAGACCUGAUUUUCAACAGCUGAAGAACAUCAUUAGGAGACUUAAUAAGGGCAAUGAGAGCGGAAACAUCCUAGACAAUUUACUCUUCCGAAUGGAACAGUAUGCCAACAACCUCGAGGCUCUCGUGCAGGAGAGGACGGCCGACUACUUGGAAGAGAAGAGAAGAUGCGAGGAGGUCCUCUACCAGCUCCUCCCGAAAUCUGUAGCAAGUCAGCUUAUAGCCGGCAAAAGUGUCGUCGCAGAGACCUACGACUGUGUUACCAUAUACUUCAGUGACAUCGUGGGCUUUACUGCACUUUCUGCUCAGUCUACGCCUCUCCAGGUCGUUGAUCUUCUGAACGAUCUGUACACGCGCUUUGAUGCCAUAAUCGAAAAUUUUGAUGUUUAUAAGGUCGAGACCAUAGGAGACGCUUAUAUGGUAGUUUCGGGACUUCCUGUUAGAAAUGACACUCGCCACGUCCGUGAGAUUUCGGGCAUGUCCUUGGCUCUCCUGAAGGAGGUGGAGACGUUCACCAUUCGACACAGGCCUGAGGACAAACUCAAACUGAGGAUCGGCAUCCACACGGGACCAUGUGUGGCGGGCGUUGUGGGCCUCAAGAUGCCCAGGUACUGUCUCUUCGGUGACACCGUCAACACAGCCUCGAGGAUGGAAAGCAACGGCUUGCCACUCAAGAUCCACGUUUCUCCAACUACCUGUAAUUUGUUAAGGCAGCACUACCCCUCCUUCGUUUUAGAAUGCCGUGGAGAGGUCGAUAUGAAGGGCAAAGGAAAAGUCACAACUUACUGGCUACUGGGAGAACAUGAAGAUGACUCUGUGACGUAGUAGAUUCUGAAAACUGUGCUCUAAAAUUUGUGUGUUCAAUCAUAAAGACGAUCAGUAUAUAAGAAAAGAUGACACUAGACGUGGCGCAUUCCAUUUGAUUUGUAAAUGAUACAAAAAGUUCGUGAGAAAAGGAUGGUUAACGAGAUUAUGAACUCAAUGAAUUAUCCUUCAAUUUCCGUGUGAUGUACAAGUAAAGAAGUUUAUUAAACUUGAACGAGAGUGCCAGCCUCAAAGACGAUUAUAUUUUUUUUUUUUGCGUAAUAUUCCUAAAACUAUACUCACAAAUGCGUUUUGGCAUAUACUAUAUACAUACACACACAUUAUAUACUAUAUGCCAUAUAUAGGUGUGUGUGUGUGUGUGUGUAAACUCUUUUGAGGCUUAAUAUUCCACUGAUGAAAUUAUUAACGUUGCAUGUUAACGUUGUUCCUAAAUUAACUAUCUAGUGGUUGACGUUUUCUGUCUUCUGUACAAUUUACAAAUGUUUCAGUGUUAAUAAUACCAGGAAAAUAUUAAAAAAUAUAAAGACAAAGACUAAAUCAGUUUGUUUCAUGAAAACCUGCUGCUACACUAGAAUUUCGUCACUAGGAAUAAUACAGUCAAUGAAAGAGAUAAUUCAUUGUACUCAACAGAUAAGAAUAAAAAAUUUCUGUUGAUUAAACGUAAGGUUGUGAUGAUCCUCAGUAACUAGAGAUAUAAUUUUAUUGAUUCUUGUGAUAAAAAGGUAAAAGCUGAAUCUCUCUUGUUAUGUAUUGGAAAAAGGAUUGAUCGUGAAUCAUCAUUGGACGUAUUCAGUCUAACCUAGAAAUAGAUGAUAAGGACAAAUCUUCUCUCUGUGGAAUUGAAUUGCUGACUUGUGAUUUGCAGGUCACAAUAUACUCACCAAACCACAGGGAAAUAGAAUAUAUGAAACCAGAUACACUGAAAGUUAGGAAGCCUGCUAUACCCACGUAUAUGGUUUAACCGUCUCUACACCCCGCUACUUUGUUGUGGAGUGGGCAAUGGGUAAAAUCGCAGAUAUGGGUAUAGUAGGCUCUCUAUGAUUCUAAAGUAUAUGCAGUAGGAUAUCUGAUGCUAAGUGGCUAUAAUGUCGGCCUGAAAAAUCACGGGUCAGCUAUGGUUUAAAUCCCCAGAGGAAGUGGAAAAAUCACGGGUCAGCUAUGGUUUAAAUCCC